AUGACUCAAUGGUUUUUAAUGACCAACAAGUUCUAUGGAGACUCGGCUAGAAAUUGGUCCACUUUAGAUUCAGUUGAGAUCAUACAAGAUGGAGAAAAUUUUGCUAAAUUUAAUGUUUCUGUCAUCUCUGCUCCUGCAGAGUAUUCAUUUCACUGUCAGCUGGUGGGAACAAGCAAUCUCUAUCCUGCAAGGCUGAUUCCAUCCAACAAUGAGGCAAAACACUGGGAUGUUUUCAUUUCCAGGUUGCAAAUUCAAGGCUUCAACAUUGAAAACAACCAGUUUUCCUAUGCAAGUGACUGUACAGGCUUCUUCACUCCUGGAAUCUGGAUGGGCUUGGUGACAUCUCUAGUUUUACUGUGGAUCUUGACCUAUGGAAUCCAUAUGAUCAUGCAGCUUACAACAAACAACAGAUUUGAUGAUCCCAAGGGUCCAGCUCUGUCAGUUCCUCAAACAGAAUAGCCAUGGGUUGAUUUAAUGCUGUUACAGCUUUUCCUGCUCUGAUAUUUAUCAUUUUUAUAACCUUUUACUUCAU